GGAUUUACCAUGUAUGACAAAAGCUGGCCCACCAAUACAUCCAACGUAGCCCUUCAAUCUUCGCUUUGAGCCCUAAUAUCCUAGAAAAUCCAAUCCAUCUUUAAGCUAGGAACCCAUCACCAUCUCGCCAAGAGUCCUUAUCCUGCUUAUUUUAUCCAAAAAGCAAAAAAACCCACCAACCCUUCUCUCUCUCUGUUCGCAGGAGAAAGAAGGGAAAUGUUGGAUCCAGAGCACGAGUUGCUUCCACCGUCGUCUCCAACCAUCUCUUCGGUUUCUUCAUCUGACCUUGACACUGAGUCAACAGGGUCGUUUUUCCAUGAUCGGAGUACGAGUUUGGGUACAUUAAUGGGAGUAAGUUUCCCGGAAAUUAUUGCCAGAGUUCCUUCAGAGAACAACGUCGGCGCUGCCAUUGUCGGUGGUGGUGGUGGUGGUGCCGCCGCUGCUGCUGACGACCGCCGUGGUAGAGGGAAAAGUAAGAGGGUAGUGGCAACGGCUGCGGCAGCAGGUGAGAGGAAGAGGAGGAGGACGAGGAGACGGUGGUGGAAUCUGUGUAGAGACGAUUCGGCGAAGCCUGCCUCGUUGGCUGACUUCCUUGAGGUUGAACGCAGAUUUGGGGAUGAGGCCUUUUACGGUGAAGCGGCGGAACUUGAAACUGUGGUGACUCCGUCGUUUGGUCCAGGGAAUGGACGGCUCUUGUUCGCUGAUGGUAGGGUCCUUCCUCCGUCACAGGGAGAGGCGCCACCCCCCACCGCUGGCGCUCGUUAUAGUCUCCCGGUGUUGCUUACUGGAAUAUGUACCGGCGGUGGAGAGUAAAUUAUGUAAUUUCAAACUCUUCUUUUCCUUUGUUUUCAUUCGUUUCAUCGAAAUAUUUCGUUUUUGAAGUA